CGGUGAAGAUUAAAAUCGGUUAAACUUAAUAAAAUAAAAUAUUUAUAAAAUUUUAAAAUGUUUUUUAUAAAUAUUCAUACUUAUAUAGUGUUUUUAAUAAUAUUUAAUAUAUUUUUAAUCGAAAUAAAUGCCAAAGAAAUAAAAAACGAUGUAACCACUUCACCAACACCCACCACAACUUUACAACGUACUACAUCGGAGGGUUAUGUUGUAGAAUCCUCGGAUUUAACUAAACGUGAUAUAAAAACUAAGGAUUUAACUGCAGCAAAUACAUUGGGAGUAGCAGCCAAAAGUUAUGAUCCACCACCAGAGUUUUAUAGAGGUCCUGGUUCAACAGGUCAUUUCAUAUCAACUGUAGAAGCUCCACAAUAUAAUAAUAAUUAUAAACCCUCAAAUGGUUUUAUAUCCCGGCCCAUAGCAUUUCCAGACACUCACAAUGCCAACAGUAACAACAACAACCAACAUAACAAAUACAAUGGAGGUGGAACACAAGAUAACAGCGAUGUACAUUUGGCCAACAGUUACAAUUCUUGGCAACAUCUCAAAGGAAAAGUGGGAGUGCUGUUGAAUAAAAAAGGUGCUCUGCAGGAUAGAAUUAGCGUGGGACAUUAUACGACAUCAGACCAUGGAAGUAGCUCAAAUGGUGGCUAUGCAUACGAAAGUCGUCCUUAUGGUGGCAAAGAACAUCAUGUAGAAUACAUACCCACUAAUCCACACUAUGGUGGUAGUGUGCCGACUACUGCUCACACGGGUGGCUAUUAUGGCAGUAGUGCUAUAGCAGAAGGCAUACCAUUCGAUGUUUAUGGAGGUAAAAAUCACUAUUCUAGUUCAGCUGGUGGCGACUAUGCUUCAUACUCCUAUGCAGAAGGACAUGAACCAGCUGCACAUAAGUCUCAUCCGGACAUAUCGCAAAAAGCCCUCUUAGCCAAAAGCUUUCUCAUACCUUUGGCCAGCGCUGCUGUUUUAGGUAUAGCUGCAGCUUUGGUCAGCAAUCCCCUGCUCCUACAAUUGGGCACUGUGUCUGGUGUGGCACCGGGUGCUGCUAUUUUGGGUAAACGUAGAAGAAGAGACUUGACCACUUCCGCUACUCUUAAUGACAAGAGCACUAAUAGCUUAAAUUUAGCAUUAACAUCUGUAGAGGGUAGUAAAAAGGAUUCAUCUUUACUUGCUUAUAGUGCCCAUCAUCAACGACAAAAUCUUCAUCAUCAUCCACGUUUUGUGCGUACAUGAGACACAUGUGUAAUGCCUGCUUUCUAAUAAGUUCGUUUUUUUAAUUUUGUACAAAUCUUAUGAGAAGAAACACUUGUAGAGAUGAGAACGAUAACAAAAGCUGCUACAUGGAUUCUACCUGUCCCCAAUGUAAUUAGAAAAUUAAAAUUAAAUCAAUUAAAUUGUUUGUGACUUAUACAUGUCUUAGGAAAUUAUAUAAAUAAACUCAUGUUGACAUUAUAAAGUACUAGCCAUAGAAAAGGUAUA